AUGAAAAAAGCAUUUAAUGGAAGUUCUGAGGAUGAAGUUGUAGCGAGACCCCGCAAUGGUGAAGAAAUAUACAACCAAGUGGAAAACAUUGACAUUGUGUUUGGGAAACAUCCAAAGAAAAAAACCACGGAGAUAAGCAUUAGGAAGAAACGAUCAAUCUUCUUUAAUCUUCCAUAUUGGUGUAAACUUGAUGUACAACAUUGUAUAGACGUGAUGCACGUUGAAAAAAAUGUAUGUGAUAGCGUCAUCGCGACUUUACUAAAUGUAAAAGGAAAGACUAAAGAUGGAGUUAAACCACGUCAAGAUUUGGCUGAAAUGGGCAUCCGUUCUGAGUUGCAUGCACAAUCAAUUAGAAAAGAGAAGCAAUUUUUUUGUGAGUGUUUAAGAAGUGUGAAGGUUCCCCAAGGUUACUCUUCAAAUAUUAGUAGCCUUGUUUUUAUGCAAGAUUUAAAGUUAGUCGGUUUAAAGUCUCACGAUUGUCAUGUGUUGAUGCAACAACUUUUACUAGUAGCUUUUCGAGCCAUCUUACCUACUUUUGUCAGAGUUCAUCUUGUGAGGGAAAUUCGAUUAUGUGGGCCAGUUUUCUUGAGAUUGAUGUACCCAGUGGAAAGAUACAUGAAGAUCUUAAAGGGAUAUGUCAAGAAUCAAUAUCGACCAGAAGCUUCAAUUAUAAAGCGGUACAUUGCAGAAGAAGCCAUUGAAUUCUGCUCAAGUUAUAUGCCAAGUUGUGAACCAAUUGGAGUUCCUAAGACUAGACAUGAAGGUAAAUGUGAAGGUAAGGGUGUGUGUGGAGUGAAGAUUCAAAGUGUUAGUAGAAAAUUAGUUGAUCAAGCCCAUUUGUACAUCUUAAACAACACUGUAGAGGUCAUUCCUUACAUUACGCAACACAUUGAUGAAACGAAAUCAGCACAUCCACGAAUGAGUGAAAAAUGGGCACUUAAUGAACAUAACAAAACAUUCUUAUCAUGGUUUAAGAAAAAGGUUUACACGACUCCAACUGUUUCUGAAACUCUAUUGAGGCUAGCUCGUGGAUCGAACAAUGAUGUCAUUACAUAUGGCGGGUACUACAUAAAUAAUCAUUGUUUCUAUUCAAAGAUGGAAGACGACAAAAGUAGAGUUCAAAAUAGUGGGGUUACACUUCAAGCUGAAUCUGUACAUUUUGUCAGUUCUAAGGACAAGAAUCCAAUUACAGCAUCCAUGAGUUACUUUGGAAUAAUACACGAAAUAUGGGAAGUUGAUUAUGUGACUUUUAGAGUGCCAGUUUUCAAAUGUAAAUGGGUUGAUAGUAAUUCGGGUGUUGGCACAGAUGACUUUGGCUUUACUUUGGUGGAUCUUAACAAGAUGAGUGAUACAAAUGAACCAUUUAUUAUGGCUAGUCAAGCAAGACAAAUUUUUUAUGUCAUUGAUCUAGCCAAUCAGAAAUUGUCAGUUGUAUUAGAAGGAAGAAACAUGCACGUAAAUGAUGAUGAAGAUUGUCUAGACAUACUUGAGACAACGUCUUUCUCAUCAAGAACCAUUCAAGACAAAGUUGAUGAUGUAAUUGAUGACAUUCAUGUUAUUCGAAGUGAUCACAAUGAAGGUAUGACAAGCUCCGAAUCAGACCAGGAGGGACCUGGUAGAUCUGUGACUCAAUUGCCGGAUGUCACAAACCGACGAGAGAGGAUGCCGGUCCACAUUGAUCCUUGA